AGCUGGGCUCUAUCCCUGCCCUGGCGUUUGAGUUGUAUUAUCAUACAUGAUUCCAGCAUUGCGUUUAUCCAGUCUGUAUGAUCCCAUUCAUACACACUGAUUUGCUGGAGAUACUGUGUUACGGGGGCGGUGCUGGUUUAUACACAAUAACACAAGCUGCAAUUCAAGAACUCGGUUAUUCGCUCUCACAAACCGUAUAAUUCUGUACAGAGGACUGCUCGGGAGACCAGCAGCGGAGAUAGUGGUCACUUCGUCCGCAUGAAAUAUAAAGAUCUCUAAUUUACAAUUUAAUUCGUAAGUAAAAGGAUCCAUCACCUUUGCAACUUUCCAAGAAUGGAUGACUUUGGGAAUGUUAGUAUCGAUCCGUAUUGCACGGGGAAACCGCCCCUGGCUAUCGAUAUCAUACUAAAUCUGGAUGCGCUUGGCAUUGUCCUGUAUGCAGUGCUGACUGUGAUGGCAUUUAUCUCGGUGCUGGUGUACAUGGAGGAAGCCGUGUACAUCUACAAGAAGAUUCCUGGACCAAAGAAAACAGCCAUUAUGUGGGUGAAUGGGGCAGCUCCGCUAAUAGGUACGACAGCUUGCCUCGGGAUGUGGAUUCCACGUUCGACCAUGUUCACAGACUUCACUGCAGCCACGUACUUUGCCAUCGUCAUUCACAUGUUCCUGGUGAUGAUGAUUGAGGAGUGUGGAGGUGACGAGGGCUUCCUGAAACUAUGUGGUAAAAACCGUCUGAAGAUCAGUACUGGCCCCUGCUGCUGCUGCUGCCUGUGCCUGCCCUACGUGGGCAUCUCAAGGCGUACCCUGUUUCUACUCAAGGCAGGGACCUUUCAGUUUGCAUUCUUCCGGAUGGUCUUCACCAUCCUGUCCAUACUGCUCUGGACCAACGAUAACUUUGACACUGCUAAUUUGUCUAUCACUAGUGCUGCUAUAUGGAUCAAUCCUUUCGUUGGUAUUCUUACAAUCAUUUCCCUCUGGCCAGUUGCCAUGAUGUUUAACCAGACCCGUGGACUACUGAGCAGUAAGAAGAUCAUCCCCAAGUUUGUUCUGUAUCAGCUUGUGCUGAUUCUGAGUCAGCUCCAGUCUGCUAUCAUCAACAUCCUGGCUAUGGGUGGGAACAUAGCCUGCGCCCCUCCCUUCUCAUCUCAAGCCAGGGGCUCAUUCAUGAACCAGCAGCUCCUGAUCAUGGAGAUGUUCAUCGUGACCCUGGUGUCCAGGAUCUUCUACAGGAGGAGGUACGAGGAGCUCGACGCGGUCGAUGAGCACGAGGAGGACAAUAAGGACAACGCCAAGAUCCAGCUGAAGGAGGACGGAGCACAGUGGGCAUGAACCUGACCAGCACCUCUGGGGCUCUCAAAGGGAACUGCAGCCUGAUGGUCACCAUCGGACAGGCUGUGUGCUGCGUUAUCAAAUCAAAUACCUUCCCACGUUUACCCCCUCAACCCACACCUCCCCAGCCUCACUCUUUAGGUGCUAUAUUGAUCUCACGUCAAUAUUCAUCGACACUAAAGCUUGCAAUCUUCAAAGCAGGCGACGGUUUGGGGUGUGGGACAUGUCUGCAUCAUGCAGUUUCGUUGUGCUAAACUCAGCCUAAAGAGCCUGGUUCACCGGGACUGGUCUCAUGUUUUUAUGCCAGCACACAAGCACUACAGUCUGAUGCACACUAAAUCAUUGUUUGCAGGUUGUUGUUUUUUUUUGUAUCAUAUUAGAACGCUGCAUUGCUGCUGCUUGUCAUUAUUAUUUAGCUCUGUAAACAUGUAUAGAGGUGUAACUGAUUGUAUAGAACAGAUGUUACCAGCAGAUUUCAAAUAUCUUGGCUUCCUUUCACUGACUUGUAGAGAAAAUCAUGAAUGACUUUGCAAUUCUCUUUCCACUUGGGGUUAAGCCCCUGCUUACAUGGAGUGAUAGGGCCGACAGUUGCUAUAACCCUAGACAGCUAAUGUGCCUUUGUUAUUGCUGUAAUAUGAUAUACUGUACACCUGCACCCCCUGCUGGACUCUUGCGGGAAUUACAAGAAUCCUUUUAAAGAAUCGAUUCUUUGUAUAUUGCCUUAGUGUUAUCUGAUCUGUUUUUUUUGAAAAUUAGACUGCGUGAGUAAUAUCCUAUUUUCUAAUAUAUA